AUGGGAUGUAGCGGGCGGCUGCUGGGACCCGUCGGGGGCCGCCGCGCCUCGCUGCUCCUCACCAUGAUCCUCUUCUUCACCUACUUCUUCUACUGCCUGCCGGGGCCCUGCGAGCCGCUGCCGCCCGCCCUGCUGCUGCCGCCGCCCGCCGCGCUCCCCGACGGUGCGGGGCCGGGGGCGGCGGCGGAGGGCGCGGGGCCGGCGGGCGGCGGCAGCCGGCGUUUCCCGCAGGCCAUCAUCGUGGGCGUGAAGAAGGGCGGGACGCGGGCGCUGCUGGAGUUCCUGCGGGCGCACCCCGGGGUGCGAGCGGUGGGCGCCGAGCCCCACUUCUUCGACAGGUGCUACGAGAAGGGGCUGCGCUGGUACAGGAGCCUGAUGCCACGGACACUGGAGGGGCAGAUCACAAUGGAGAAGACCCCCAGCUACUUUGUCACCAAGGAGGCUCCCCGGCGCAUCUACAACAUGUCUCGGGACACAAAGCUGAUCGUGGUGGUGCGCAACCCCGUCACCCGUGCCAUCUCGGACUACACACAGACGCUCUCCAAAAACCCUGCCAUCCCCAGCUUCCAGGCCCUGGCCUUCAAAAAUGUCAGCACGGGACUGAUCGACACGAGCUGGAGUGCGGUGAGGAUUGGGAUCUACGCCAAGCACCUGGACAACUGGCUGCAGUACUUCCCCCUCUCCAAAUUCCUCUUUGUCAGUGGGGAGAGGCUUGUCAGUGACCCGGCUGGAGAGAUGGGCCGUGUCCAGGACUUUCUGGGUCUCAAGAGAGUGGUGACGGACAAACAUUUCUAUUUUAAUGAGACCAAGGGCUUUCCCUGCCUGAAGAAGCCGGAGGGUGGCAGCAAGCCCCGCUGCCUGGGGAAAUCCAAGGGGCGGCCGCACCCCAAAAUAGACAUGCAGGUGGUCCAGCGACUGCGGGAGUUUUACAGACCCUUCAACAUGAAGUUUUAUCAGAUGACAGGGCAGGACUUUGGGUGGGACUGA